UUACUUGUUAAAGUUUGUCUUGAGCAUCUUGUGUUCGUAUACCUUACAGAGACAGACUUACAACUGCGAUUCGAAAGAGAAAAGUUGUUGGACAAAGACAAACGACAAAGCCUUCGACGACAGCGGUUGAAAACUAGCUGUCUCAACCGCAGUCGACAGGAAAUCAUACCGCCAGGCUCGGAUGUAAACGGCUUGCCACGCCAUAUAUUCAGUCACGUGAUAGUCGACGAUGAAAACCGUUUUCUGUAUUGCGAAAUCCCGAAGGUGGCAUCAUCCAAUUGGAAACGAGUAUUGAUGACCCUAAGUGGACACACGAGAUCCCCUUGGAACGUCAAAACCCGUGACAUCCACAACAAGUCACGUAGUUACUUCCGAUACUUAAACGAGUACAGCGCUUCGGAAAUUGUCGUAAGGCUAAAGACGUACUACAAGUUCUUAUUCGUACGUGACCCUUUCGAAAGACUUGCUUCAGCAUACCGAAAUAAAUUUGUGGAGAGUUACAAUAUGACUUUUUUCGAAAGGACGUACGGCCGAUAUAUUAUUCGAAAGUUUCGAACAAAUCUUUCGCGAAGUAGCAAGAUUAGCUUUAAAGAAUUUAUAAAUUAUAUUUUGGAUGGCAAAUCAGAAGUUAUGAACACACACUGGCAACUGUACGAUGAGUUGUGUAGACCCUGUUUAGUUUCGUAUGACUUCAUUGGCCAUUUAGAAGACAUAAGAAAAGAUUCUACCGUACUUUUAAAAAUUUUAGGUCUCGAGGAUCGUGUGGCGUUCCCACUUAACUUUUCCUCCAACUACACAGUGCCUAGUUCUACUCUUAUGCAAAAAUAUUUUACAGAACUGCCCAGGUUGUACAAACAAAGACUUUAUAAUAAGUAUAGGCAUGAUUUUGAAAUGUUUAGCUACUCAAAAUCAAUAAAUAUUUGAUUUCAUGUUAACCAUAGAAUUACUUUAGUGUAUUAUAAAU